CUUCAUUUCGGAAAAACGGUCAAUAGGAAAAAAGAAAAAAACGCGGGACGAGAAAUACGAAGGAAAAAAAAGGGAAGGUAUCAAAAGAGAAUCGGGCGAAAAGGUGUCAGCCGGGGAGAGAGAGCAUCUCUGACGGGGAAAGCGUGCGACGUGUUGAGAACAGUAGGGAAAGGGGCGUGUAGGGAGCGCUCGUUUCUUUUCCCCCACCGUCGGCGGCUGCAGCAGCAAGCAAGCAAGCAAGCAAGCAGCGGUCGAUCGGCGCCUGCGCACUCACAAGGCAACGCGUCCCUCAGGCGGCUCCGCCGCGGUCUUGCCGUGCCUGUCGACGUCGCCUCCUCGACGGCUCGCAAUGGCGGCCCGUUCCAGGAGCUGGGGUAGCGACGGCCACUGGAAGCGGCUCGCCUUCAAGAACCUGUCCAUCUUCCGGGACCGGGGCGAAGACGAGGAGGAGUGCGGUGGCUGCGUUCGCCUCUCGCUGCCGGACGUGCACAUGGAGGACGCCGGGGGCGGCGACGGCCCGUCGGCCAGGCUCCGGCGCUCGCCGCUGGUGGCCCGCGCCAAGUCGGUGGACGCCCGCGCCAUGCCGCUGCUGGUGCACCGGCUCUCCAUAUCGUCCGAGAGGCGCACCCCGUCGCCCGAAACGCUGCCCGAACCGACGUCGCCUCGGCCGCGAUCCCUGUCGCCGCUGCUCUCGCCCGCGCCCCACGCCCAGGACCCGGCCAGUCCCAUCGGCGGCAUCCAGCCGGACUUGUACCGCAAGAAGGAAGCGGUGUUCUUCCAGUCUCGCGACGUGUCGUCCCACUCCGCCUCGGCCACCCUGGCCGCCCCGACAAACGCAGGAAGGCUGCACUUCCGGCUCAAGUACGACUUCGACAAGUCCGACCUCGUCGUGCACGUCAUCGAAGCCAUGGAGCUGGGUGGGCCCCGUAUGGACCAGCAGGGAGGCGCCGGGGGCUUCGGUGAGCCGUGCGUGCGAGUGGCGCUGCUUCCCGAGGUGGACAGCAAGCAGCGGCAGGCGCUGAUGCGGCGCCGCUCCACGGAUCCACUGUUCGACGAGACCUUCAAGUUCCCCGUCUCGUUCGACGACGUGCCCUCCAGGACGCUGCUCUUCCAGGUGUUCGAUUACGACCGAUACUCGAGAAACGACGUGACGGGAGAAGUUCGAGUACCCCUGGCCGACGUCGACGUCACGACUGAGACCGAGGUUUGGUGCGACAUCGAGAAGACCGAAAAGGCGAAGCGCGAUUGGCCAGAGCUACUGCUGUCGCUGAGCUACCUACCUUCAGCCGGAAGACUGACGGUGGUGAUACUCGAGGCGGCCAACCUGGUACCCGAUUCCGACAAGGACAAACCUGACACUUGCGUCAAGGUGUGCCUGACCUGCGGCGACCGCAAGACCAAGAAGCGCAAGACGAACGUGAAGAAAGGCAGCGCCCAGCCGGCCUGGAACGAAGCUCUAAGCUUCGACGUCUCUGAGGAGCAGCUGUCGCGGGCCCAGCUCUGCGUGCAAGUCUGCCGUCACGGCUCGUCGGGCGUCUCGUGCUCCGCGUCGCUGGGCGGCUUCCAGCUCGGACCUGGAGGAUCCAACGUCACCGAAGAAGGCCAGCGCCACUGGAAGGAGAUGCUGGCCAAUCCUCGCAAGGCCGUGUCCCGCUGGCACGCGCUCCAGCCGAAUCCGUAGCCGCUCCACUGCAGCGGCGGUGCGGGCACGGAGCUCACUGCGGGAAAGGUCCCGGCGGCGCUACUGCCGACGCAGUUGUUUCGCGACACUUGGACCCUUGGUAUUAACAACCUGGUUUCCAAAACGGCCGUUACGAAACGUGAGCAACCGUAAGUGAGAGGAGUGUUUGAGUUUGUGACGAGGCGCUCGAGAUGCGAAUUUCUGAAUGUUAACACGACCGCUUAGGAGAUCCCGCGCUGAAAAGACCACGCGUUUGUGUGUGUAACGGCACAACGACGACACCAGCGCUAAACGGAAAGGCGUCAGAGUAUUUUCUAGCAUCGUUUCCGAUGCGCGAAGGUUGCAUUCCAAAAAACCUCUAUAGUCAGAGGGAAUGACACAAAUGAUUUCAGCGUGUGUUUCCUGAUCUCUCUUUAAUCUCUGCAAAUCCACGAUCUCAGGACUUCUCACUGGAAUACCCGGUUCUAACAACCACACUAGUGGGCGUGCUGGAUCUUUUCCUCUUGUAGCAGCACUACUUCUGCACACGAUGUAUUCCCCCUGAAGAGGUCGUGUUGAACAGUAUCUGUCUUCACGGGAAGAGAAUUCGUUAGAUGGUCGUGGAGGUCUUGUCAGGCGGUGGGCGUCCCCGCAAUUUGAAACGUGCAGUCAAAAGUACAACAUACCUUUAAUGAACACAUAAGCGCACGAACAAAUGAACAGACAAAAAUGGAGGAGAAAACAAAAAGAUGGGGUCGUUCAUGGCAUAUCUCACCGCCACACUGCAGAGAGCCAACUUUUAUCUUGUCCAGGAUAUGUUGCUUUGGGCACUGCGCGUCCGUGAAUCGGGUUCGGCUCUCACCGCAGGGCCGAGAUAACGUUAAGUACAAACCGUUGGGCAGCUUUGCCUCGCUGCUAAGAGCCACGCUGCGCGUGUUUAGCAGUGAACGCAGUUUCAAGUUGCUGGCCGUAUCAGGCCCAGCAACUGCCGUCACAAGUAGUGGUAAAGCUUGUUCCCUGACCUAGACAGGCUUUGUCUGGGUGUUCGAGACGACUGCUAUAAACACAUUUUAGUACGGUUAAUGCCAUAGCCAGGCUUAGUUAGAAAGCACGUACACAAGGCACACAGAGAAACAAGGAGGGCCACGAAACACAGCCCUGUGUUUCAUAGUCCUUUGCUUUUGUUUGUCCAGGUGCGCUGCGGUGUGAACAUGUGUUACAACCAACCAGCCCAAGUUUUAGUGUACUUUAGUUAGUGAAUAUCAAAUGGCCUGACCUCCAUAUUCUGUAAAGGGGUUCCAACCGAGUACUUGCCUAGUAGCCGCAAAGCGACUAAAAGAACUUGUAUCGGGGAUCACUUUCUUCGCAAACGAAUUCUGAAAAGUCAUUUAGAACGCAACCGGCCCAAGUGUACUAGUGAUCAUACGACGCUUGCCCUCGAGCUGGCAUCGUGGCGAACUAGGCAGUGGCGCCUUUGAAUUUUUUACCACCCUUUCCCGUCUUAUACUCAAACUUUGUAAAUUUGAGAUGGUUGGCAAGACAGCUGAAGAAGCUGUUGUAUUGGCGGUCAUUGCUGGGCUGUACGGCCUACUGAGCUGGAAGUCACCAUUAGCACAUAGUUCUUGAUGAGUAGUCGCCAAUCGAUACGCUGCUAUAAGAUUGUGCUGAAAAGGCCACUGAGAAAUAUUACGUAGAAGUGGGACGCUGGGUUCACUCACUGUGGCUGCACUGGGUGCUUGCUGUUUAUAGCUGAAGUUUGGAUUCGUCUUCAAGAAAUAAGUUGUUCCAUUCUGAUGCCUGAAUGUAUUUUUUUAUUAUUCAAUCAAUUAAGUAUCAACUUUCACAGGGCCAUAGCACUGAUGAUGUUGAGCUUACAAACUUAUAUCUUGCACAUUUUGACAUACCUUUGAGAUGCCUAAACGGCCUGCUGGUAUUUGGCGUGUCUGCAGAAGGCUGUACCCUUUGUGGCAGUACUUCACGCUGGCUACGUCGUUGUUCACUUCGAAGUAGCAUGCAUACUGGAGAACAAAAGGAAGUUGUUAGCACUCUCAGUUUUGGUUAGAAGCCAACGAAGCGCUCAUUAGACAGGCUUUGUCUCGAACAAGUGCAGUCUAGGUUUAUCAUCCUCUUGCUUUCUUGCUGAACUAGAAAAGUUUAGGCUUUGGCAGUGGCGCCAUGUGCACCCCUUUGAAAUCUUAGUGUGAAUGCACACUCGACCAUUUCACUUCAGCUCGGUAGCGUUUCCCAGCGUUACGGUCAGAACGUCUUCCGACUAAUGAUCCUGCAGAUGUGUUUUCACGCGAACACCACGGCAUGGUCGGAUUAGUUUCGUGAGAUAGUUGUUAAAAACGAGCGAAAGAAAGACGCAAACACGAAGAAACGAGGAAAGAACAUCUCGCUGGUGUUCGCGUAUCUUUGCGCUGGUUUUGAACGAGUAUCCGUAUGAACCAACUGACCCAGCAAGCAGCACUUCUUGUCAAAACCAUCUGGGAUCAAUUGCGGACCUUCAUAAUGCAAAACUUGGAGAAGCAGGUAUUUCAAGGUACGGGGAACAUGAAAGGUAUUUGAAUGGACGAACACGGUAUGAAUUUAGCACGACGUUGUGGAAACUGCAGGGGAAGAUUAAGUAAUGAAGGGUAAUACUUUAAAAACAGAUGUAUAUGCGGAAAUUGUUGCAUUCUAGCUUUCGAAGUGAGUUUUUUUGUGUGUGUGCCCGAGGGUACCAUAGGGCUGUAGAAACUGCAGGUAGCAGUCAAGUUUCACGUGCAACAUGAAAACGGAAGCGAGCUGUCAGUCCAUUACUUCCGGAAGUAGGCGUCACAGGAUAAUUACAGUGCCGCAAGGAAACAGUAACGAACAGCCGAAUGGGCAGCACAUGCAGGCAAGCGCGAUAAUGAAGAGACAGAUAAGUUUCGAGCAUCGCCCGCGUAUUCUUGUAGAUAGGGGCCUACGGCAAGACUACUCAGAGGUGCAGAGAGCAACGCGACGGUAGUGCAGUGUCGCGAUGAUAAGGCAAUGGCUUUGCGUCACCAUGUUGUCGUCAGCUUGGCAUUAGCCGCCGGCAUUGUAUAGUGACAAACGAGAAGCGAAACCCUACGAAGGUACAUAUAUUUUUCCGAUUCUACAUGCCUGCGUAACUUGCCUCACUGCACUGUCCUCGUGUUGACUGUCGUAUUUUUAUCCAUAGUAUAUAAGAAGCACUCUAUCGAAACCUGCACGCGUUUGAGGGAAUUCCCGUGGUAUUUUUUUGCGAACGAGACGGACGGAGAAGAUCGGAGAAAACUUGGAAUUGUGAAUUCUGACUACACUUCGCCUGAUACGGCCAAACCGCGAAAAAAAAUGAGCGGCCGCUAGAGUCCUGUACCCAUUGUACAACAUCCGUCUCGUGGGCCACCACCACAUUUUGGUCCAGCUUGGACCAAAUGGACUUGAGGGUUUUGUUCAGAGCGAAACGAAUGCACACACGUUGGAACAGUGGAUAGGUACGGUUUCGAGGGUGUGGUCUUAAGAGCUGUUCCGAAGAGUACCGCAUACAUAUUUUAAGAUCUCAAUCACACCCACAGGUGUGCACCCUUUGGCCUCCCGGAUUCCUUUAUCCAGCUGGCGUUGGUGUUUAUGGCCAGUCGCACGAGUAUUCUUCUUCACCUUUCUUAAGGACGGUUUUACUUUGGUCUGGCGACACGACGUCGGCCGAGAAAGUUGCGCUACUGUGCAUUGCGUCAGGCAUACGCUGCGGGCAAAUGCCCCACCCCACGUGUUUUGAAGACCACAAACAAGGUUUUCAGCCACGUUUUCAGCCAUUUGUGAUGCCCAUUUUGAGGCGAGAGUGAGUUGUUGACGCCUGGAAGUUUCUCGUUCCUUUUGAGCAUGUGGUUCUGUGUUGUGGUUCGAAUCGAAGUCCAAUUUCUCAGUGGGUAAGCACAUAAGGACAAAAAAAAACAAGUACGUGUUAACAAUAGGGCCUUAAAACAGUGUUCUACUACAGUUUGCACGUCAUGACAUGUAAGCUAGCCGGUCCUUGAGGUUGUUUUUCUUUAUCGCCCUGUGCACCGUGUAUACUUCGACCUCGUUAUUUAUGGCACAUAGCCGAAACAACAGAAACCGCUGUACUCUCUUUUUACUCCUUCCUCCCGUCCACGAAUGCUGAUGGGAAAGUAAACUCCUGGUGCAUUUUGGGUUUUGAGCAUCGGAGGGAGCGAAACACGUCGGUUAUUAAAGAGAGACGUUUAAGCAAAAAAAAAAAAAAAGAAACGUUUCUUGGCACACCUCACGGUAACCGAUGGAAUGUGCGGUGCAAAUGCAUGUCGUGUUUUAUUGUGUAAGCAUUGCUGUCCGGGUGGAUGGUGCGCAUUAACUGGUGUUCUUGCCUUUUUUUCGUGCACCUUGAUAGUGAUCUUGCACCAGGUGACAUUAUCGGUGGUGGCACUUGCAUUGUUGUAUCUCACCAGGUUGCGCAGUGGUCACCCGUGUCCUGAGAGCAUCGUCACUUUGUUUAUAAGGGGGGCGGGGGAAACGUACUGGGGGCAUUGAUAAGUGUUUAACACAUAGAUCUUUAUUGCCUAAGUCGCCCAGGUAACCUGGCAUGACUCGUAAUCGUAGCUUUGCACGCAAGCACAAAAAGAAGCGCCAGGAGAGACACAGUGCAGUAGACGUGCAUUAUUGCUUCACCAGACACGCAUUUUCGAGUUUGUUUGCAGGACCACAAUUAUGAAGAUAGGAACAUUUGCGAAAUUGGCACCCUUUUCUUGCGGCUAAGGCACGCAUUCAAGUAUCUGGAUUAAGCUGGAUUCAGAAGAGCUUCCGCGGCCUGAAAGUAAAACGUAACUUGGCAUAUGUCACGUGACACGAACAGGCGUUGAAAUUCUGCUUAGAGUGAAUGUAGUCGAAAUCAUGGUUUAUGAUAGGAAAACAUUUCCUCGGUUACUACCACUGGGGUGAGUGGUGGAGGAGGCAAUGGGGGUGUCGAUCACACUGCUGUUCUCGGUGUUUCUAUGAUGGAGGCGCUAUAACAGAAGACUUUCUUCUUACGAUGGAUGGCUAACAGAACGUAACAUCGCAACCAUGCUGAUAAAAGUGUACGACCUCGCUUAGCGCUGCUUUUUUGUGUGUCCGUGCAAUGCAAGUGUGUUUGUUUUUACUUUUGCCACCCCGUGAUGUCACCGGCCGAGAACUGUAUUGUCAGCCAUGGAGAACAGCGGUAUUGGGCUGAAAGUUGUUCAGUAAUCAGGGUUCUACUUCCUUGUACCACAGGGUGUGAUGACGUUUCAUUUCAGCCAUCCAGUUGCUCAUUUGCUAUGUGUGGCUGCGGGCUGCAUUAGGGAGAGUGCUGAAUUUUGGAGCGCUCAUUCGCAAUCACUCACAGCCACGGAGCACACUUUUGCUGACGUCUGUUGUGUAAUGUUGCCCAGAUGCUGACAAGGCCUACCUGAAAGUCGCCCUGAUUCCUGAAUUUUGCCGCUUGUUUUUAACGUAUGGUUAUCGCGGUGACUUUGGUAUGAUUUGCACAUUAUUCCAGACUUUAAUUUCCAGAUCUUCACGAUCUGUGCACUACUACGCCCAAAUAAUUAACUACACCGGAACGCAGUCAUAACUCUCAUUGCAAAAACAAACACUAGCGUCUAUAUACUUGCGAUGACUGUUAGAACCGACUUGUGAGCGCUUGUUGUAAAGACAUCUACACGUGAACCGCUUCUCACGUUGUUGACGUAUGAGAGUUUACUAGGAAAGUUGGACCUGAACCUAAGGCAUUAGUUAUGAACGCAAUUUGGCAUUGGAAAGAAGUUUCAGUAUUUUCUUAGUGCUUGCGUUUAGACGCUGACAGAAAUUCCCUCUUUAGCACUGUUUGUACUUCAACAAAACGUUGUCGACUUGGUCCCAGUCUUUCGUUGCUAUCACUUAACGUUAAUUCAACGUUCAGCCCCCGUUAAGUACUAUAACGAUUAUAAAUACGUACGGUAUAUGAAGUUUGUUAUUUCAACGGUCCUCUAAAUUUUUUUGCUCAGUGAGCAGACAGAAUCGUGAAUAGACAAAAGCGACACGCUUUGAUUUAACAAGAAAAGCCCUCCUUCCAAGCAGUCAAGUGCAACGCCUACAGCUACUGCUGCAACAAGUUGAUUAGGUGCUAUGCUGUUUACAUUGGCAUCACUUCGAUAUUACAUGACACUUUGUUCGGCGUAUUGCGUACGUUGCCUUAAGGCCCUAUCUAAUUUCAGCAGCAGUGUGAAUGUGCGACUUGACGGGCCUUUUUUAUAUCUGGGGCUUUUCUUUGUCCUCAAUCAGCUUAGCAAGGGCGCUCUUUCAAACUUGCGAACCUUGCUUACCUGUGAUGGUAUACCUACGCUUUGGGGGCUUUAUAACCCUCGCAGUUGUCCGUGGCUGUUGGAUGCUUGCGAAUGGACGCUCCGCUCCCAAUCCCACAAGUCGCGGAGCGCGCUCCCAGCGUGGUCGCCACGCGCAAAGUUGUCGGUGCCCUGCUCGUGUGUCGUGUCCCCCUCCUGUCCCCGGGGACGCAUCCUUGUGAUACGCGCGCCUCCCGUCGCGCAACUUUUUUUCGCGGUCCACGCUCUGCGUUUUUUUCUCUGGUGUCCUAAUGCAUACAUAUCAGAAACAUAUGUACAGUGUCAAAGUUUUUCCGAGUGUUUUUAUGCAAAUGCGCUGCUGCUACUGCUGCCGUUGUGCGUCUAUCGUUGAAUGUUUGCCUCUUUUGUCCGCAUGGGGGCGCCCUGGAGCGCAGCCCUCGCCUUCGGCCGUCCCCGAACAGCGAUGAGCAGUUAGACUUAGGUGUUUGUUACCAUAGAGAUGGUGCAUUAUGGGUAAUAUCUAUGAAGGUGGCCAGAAAAACCGUUGAAAUUAUGGAAGAAAGGUGUGUAAUUGAAGAUGAAACUGGUGGAUGGGACACGGUUUGCGUUCCAUUUUUUUUUUGUCAAGCUGCUCUAUGGUGCUGAAGUGUGUGGAUGACGUGUAAUGGCGAGAAAAAAGUUUCAGCGAGAUGUUUCUCUAUCUUUCUUUGUAUACAUAAUACGUUAGUAAACCUCAAUCGCCGCAAUAUUUUGUCAAAAUUGCAGCAGAGUUCUUGAAAGAUGACCAAGGGGUUAUUCUUACAUCGUUACUCAUCUGUCGUUAACACACGAUCUACAUUGUCAGAUACAAAAUUUAAUUGAAAUGACAACUGUUCCUGCUAAACAUAUAUCUAUAAUUGCCUAAAAUUAACAGAGGACCUCGUUACGGGUGAAACUGCCUCCAUUCCUUUUCACCAGUUUUGACGCAUCCAUUGUUGGUAUUUGAAGAAUCGCCUGCUUGGGGAAAGGUUGAAGGCGAGAAACUGUCUCCGGCAUGGAGUGGAAGAAAUGACUAUUCUGGGUGCCGCGGCUGGUUACCGUAGUACAAGAACCACUGCUUCUUACAAUGCUCGCUCUUCUAAAGCAAAACUAGAGUGCCACCUGCUGGUGAGAUCGUCUUUGUACUGGUAGCUCUGAGCCGAAGCUUUGUUUCGGUGUCAUCGCUUCACUUGCGAGAACGCCACCACCAGCAAUUUUCUUCGAUAUACUUUUCUAGACGCAAAUUUUCCGACGCAUUGAGUGGUGCUUAGCAAAGGACGUCGAACAGCGCUGAUUCAAGAUUUCUGAAGGAAUAAUGCGAUUAUUUUAUCAAGGCAGGAGGUGCUGCUCUAAACCUAUUGCCGCAAUUCCGUGUCCUGCAAGCCUGUCUUGGAAACAGCUGCUUGCUUGUAAAUGGUUACCUGUAUUUAAACUGACGUGAGAUAGUCCAGUGAGAGCUGAAGAGGUAGCUGGCCUGGACGAGUUACCUUCGCUACCCUUAAACAUGGCGACAUCACUGGCCCGCUCACAUUGUUCUAAAUCACCUCGCAGUGAAUCGAUUGUUCCUGGUGCUGACGUUACUAUCUCGUUACUGGUUUACGCGGGUAAGAGUGAAGCAGCGAUAGAUCUUAGGGGCUGUCAUAGUUGACCGUCGAUAUAUUAACGCAGCCGACGUCCUUGCGAUUGGUCGAUAUAAGAAUAAUUGCUGGGGUUUAACGUCCCAAAACCACGUUAUGAACUACGAUAUGAUAUGUUAUUGGUUGAAGAGCCAACAAAAGUCAGAGGGAUACGGGUAUACCAGCCUUUUGGCUGGCAUUCUAGUCUGUGAAGGCGUUUGGCGCCGUUGCGGCGCACGUAGAGAUCUGAAGCAGUGAAUAUGAGACGCGGAAGCCAGUAGGAGCACCCUGAAGAGUCUGUUCGUCCAUGGCUGCUCCCAGCAAAGUGCUUUAGGUGCUGUUCGAGGCACGCGUUGCUCAGCCCGGUCCCCACCUCUCCCUUCUCUGGAGUCCUCGUGUGGGGAAGAGCUGCUGCUGUACACGUUUGAAGAAAUAUAUAAUACGACCUGUUUCCGAGAAAA